AUGAGGAUGAGCCUUUGAAUGUUGAGAUAAUAAAAAUAAAAAAACAAAAAGGAGUUGAAAAAAAAGCACCUGUUAAGGGAAGAAUUCUUCCUCUUAGGAGUGCAUUGAAAAGAAAUAAGAAAAAUGAUAUUGAAGAAGUGAAAGAAGAACAGAAAACAGAACUUGCAAAAGUCAAUGUUAAAGGAAAAAGGAAAAUGAAAAAAAGAAAGGAAGAAGAAGAAGAGGUUCAAGAAGAAGAGGAGUUAGAGGGAAAUGAUGAAGAAGAGCAAGAAGAGGAGGAAGAACAAAAUGAGGAAGAAGAGGAAGAAGAGGAAGAAGAUGAGGAAAAUGAGGAAGAUGAAGAAUGGGAAGAAGAAGAAGAAAAAGAACAAAACAAGAUGCCAAAAGAGAAAACAGUACCGGUGAAAGAGAGGUUGGUUCAGUUUGAAAAACAAAGACAAAAAAUAGCAUCAAAAAGAACAGCAGCAAAAGCAAACCUACCUGCUGAAAGAAAAACAAAAAGGAAAAUAACUGAUGAAGAAUAUGAAGUGAAGGAAGAAAAUAUAGAAAAAGCUUUAAUUGUGGAACGGGAGGUUUCCCCUUUGGCGAUGAUUACCAAAGAAGUUCCUGCAAAAAAGAAACCAAAGAAAUCAAUUGCUGUUUACAAGGAAAAAGUAGCAGAAGAAGAGGAAGAAAAAACUGGAGUUAGAGGAGGACAUGGAAAAUUCAUCAGUUUCAUUUCCAUGAUGAAUGAACAGAAGAAGGAGGCCGUUCGGAAUAUCGGUCUAGGAGCAUUGCUAGAUUUCCAGCUACCUACUUCAUCCCAACAAUUUGUUACAUGGCUAUGUAACAACUUUGAGGAAAACAACCAAUAUCUUUAUCUGCCGAAGAAUGAGAAAAUCCUGAUAGAAUUUGAGGACGUGAAAAAGAUAUAUGGCCUUCCUAGCGGUGAAGUAGACAUAGUUGAGGCAAAGUCUGACAAGGCUAGUGAAGAGUUUUCUGCAUUCAUGGCAAGUUGGAAAAAGAUCUUUGGGAAUAAGGUCCCAUCAGUUCAGAAAAUUUUAAAGUACUACAGUCAAGAAGACCAAAUUGAGGCUGGACCGGAUGCAAAUUUCAUUACAAGCUUCUUGGUGGUCACUGUCAACACGUUGAUCAAGAGCACGUUGUCAAACCAAGCAUACUUCAAAUUUUUGUUCUCAAUGAUGAAUCAUGAGCAGAUCCGGAACUUGAAUUGGUGCAAGUAUGUGUGGGAGACACUGCUCUCAACUACUGCACAGUAUAAGAAAAACCUGAAACAAAAGGACAAAGCAACAUUUUUCACAGGACCAUUGCCGUUAUUGACGAUUUUCUAUUUUGACAGAGUUCAAAGAAUGAACUUUUUUCCUCCAAGACGAAUUCCACUUGUGUCCUGCUGGACAAAGGAAAUAGGACACAAACGGAAUAAAUUGGAGGAAAGUGGCUUUGGAUUGGGGAAGGUGUUACCCAAAAUCAAUAUUGAAGAAAAACAAACUCGCAAGGAGUUUAUGGAUGAGUUUGUCGGUAUAAUUCAAGCUGUUGGUGACAAUUUGUCAAAGCUUUCUGAUUCACUGAAGAAGGCGCAAGAAUUCUUCCCAGGAAAUGAGUUGGUAUCUAAAGUGGAAGAGUUCUUGUCAAAAAUGGCAAAAGAACCAUCAUUAAGCCAAGAUGAGUGGUCUGGUGACUUCAUUAAGGCUCUGUUGGAAAAAGAAAAGGAGUUGUUGGAUGCAAUUGAGCUGGAGAAAAACAAAGCAAAAAAGGAUAAGAAGAGAUAUGAGUAUGAUAUCAAGAAUGCAUUCGACUUGGGACUUUCACCAUCACCGAUAAUAGAUGAUGACAAGUUGAAACGUGAGAAAGCUGGUACAUCCACCUCUACGCCAAAUUUGUCACUUGAAGAAAUAGAUGAAUCUUUGGCUUCUGCUAUGCUGAAUCUAAAACAAAGAAGGGAGGAAGAGAAAAAAGAAAAUGAAAUUGCAAAAGCUAAGAAAAUGAUGCAAGCAGAAUCAGAAGUGAGUGAACCAGCUUCAGAAAAACCAAAAACAACAGUGGAGGAGAUUGUUGUACAAGAAGAGAAGAUUGUGAGCUCGGAUGAAGCUACAGUGGAGCCUGAGUUGCAUGUAUCAGAAAUGAUGCCUGUAACUAAUGUAAUUGAAGAGGAGCCUGCACCAGAAGUGAGAAAUGAAGAGGUUUCUGCACCACAAGUGAUUGAGAAGAAGGUUACACCAGAUGGGGUCGAGGAGCAGCCUGCAAAAAAUAAGAAAAAUGAAAGUGCUGAACCACAAGUGGUUGAGAACACGGUUGCACAACAAAUGGUUGAGGAGCCAGCAGAACCUCAUACUCCUACACAGUCGCAGGUGCAACAACCAGUGGAAGCUGAACUAUCUGUUGGUGCAGAACAAUCUUCUCUUCCUUCACCAAAAACUCCAUUGAAUGAAGUCUCAAUAUCAACAUUAAUUUCAAGCACAAAAACAGAUUUGAAAUUGGACGAAAUUUUUGAAGACAAAGGAGAAAAAGAAGAUGAAGGAGAAGGAAAUGAGAAAGGUGACAAAGGAAAAAGACCUCAAAGGAUUCACAAACUACCGGCUGCCUUCUCUUCUCCAUAUUUGGUCAAGUAUCGAGACUUGUUCAAAAAUCUGGACACAAUGCAUCAAAGCCUAGCAGAUUAUGUCUUAAGUGGUCAGGACAACAGUGAGGUUCUUUAUUUUGAUGGAUACAACUACAUCAAUAGAGAGGACAUGAAAACACUGGUUGAUGAAGUGGAAGUGGUUGACUGUGUGAUUGAUUCAUGGUCAAAGUAUCUAAAUGCAAAGGGCCAUAAAGAUAAACUCUUCCUUUCAACAGUUCCAUAUCAUAUUAUGUGCACAAACAAGGUGUGUCCAGCAGGAUCCUCCUACGAAAAAAGGCUUGAGGAUUUUAACAGAAGGGUUAACGAAGAACUGGUUAACUAUAAUUUCAAAAACAUUCAUCAAUUUAAACAGAUAUUCAUCCCUGUUCUUGCUGCAAAACACUUCUAUCUCCUAGUCAUCAACCAUUACAAUGCAACUGUGGAUGUAAUUGACAACAGGCCUCUACCAAGAAAUGUAAAAUUUGAGGAUAAAUAUGAGGGACACCCAGAAGUUGUGUUGGAUGCUUUUGCAAAAUAUAUGGGCACAUUUGGAUAUGAGGUAGAACCAAUGCAAAAGUAUGAAAUGAAUUUGGUCAAGAUGAAAUGGAGAAGCAUGAAAGACUAUACAAACUGCGGUGUGUAUGUCAUGAAGCACAUGGAGACCUAUACUGGUGAUCCAGAACAUGAAUGGAUAUGUGACUUGAAGGCAAAUGAUACAAAUCAAAUAAGGAAGCUUCGUGUCACUUUCUGUGGUCUCCUAAUGCUUUCAAAGCAAAAUGAAAUGCAUGAGUCAAACAUAAAUGAAGCAUGGAGGAGUUAAUGAAAAAUUAAGCAGAUAGUAUUUCAAGGUUAACAAACAAUAGAUAGAUUUUUAGUACAAUGUAAAGACAAUAUUUUGGUAUUUUGGUGGUUUGUUCAAAAACAUAUAACUUGGUGUUCAUUUCCUUUAUGUUUAAUAUUCAGUUUCCUUUGCUGUAGAAAAUCCAAUGCACAAACAAAUACUCCAAAUCAAUAAUGCAUACAAAAUAAAUGUUUUUUAACUGCUUGAUUGAUGAAAGUUACAUAUAAUGAUUAAUAUCGUUAAACAAUGUUCAUUGUAAAAAUAGGUAAUAAUCAAUAUGAUUCAUACAACGUUCAAUUAUUAAAUUACUGAUAUUUAUUGUAUUUCAAUAAAAUGUUCAUUAUUAAAAUACUUAAUGCUCAAAAUUUUCAUAUAGAAUAUUCACUUUGAAAUACGUAUUGUUCAAAACCUUUAAAGAAAACACAUUAACAAAUACGUAUUGUUCAAAAUCAAGUGAACAAAAGUAGAUAAUGUUGAAUAUAUUUGAUUAAAAUGUUCAUAAAUUUCAGAAGGAUGCCU